AUGAUCCAUAAAUUCUUCGGAUUCUUCUUUCUGGUGGCCAUCAAUCGAAUCAGCGGAUUUUACAACGAAACUACAACAAUACUGACUAAUGUAUUCAGCGGCUACGAUCGUCGAGUUCUUCCAUUUACACAUGGUCCCGUUCUUGUUAAUAUGACGAUUGUGCUCGGAAUUCUUAUUGAACUGAAGGAAAAUCAACAGUUAGCAGCUUACGUGAUCUCUCACACCCAAAGAUGGUAUGACAGUCGCCUACAAUGGGAUCCGUCAAAAUAUCGAGGACAGAGUGAAGUAAUUGUCCCACAAAGUAUGGUGUGGAUACCAAAACUCUUUGUAUAUAACAGCCUUGAAUCGAAAGACAUGCUUACUGAAAAUCGCGCAGACGUCAGAUUAUAUCACAACGGAAAAAUCAAAAUAAACAUCCCACAAUAUGUUCAGGCAAUCUGCCGAAUUCAGACCCAAGCAUUUCCUUUUGAUUGUCAGUUUUGUGCGGUGGCGUUAGCUUCUCCUCUUCUCAAUGUCAAUGAGAUGAUUGUGAAUGCGACUCAGCCUCCAAGUGAUUCAUAUUUCACGGGGAAUGCUGAAUGGUAUUUAUUCAAUGUCACCGUUCGCAGUAUGACAUUUGAUGAGGAAGGAGAAUCUCGUGUUGAGAUUCAUUACAUUUUCCAUCUUCAACGUCGUCCCAUCUACUAUAUAACCGUCAUUGUCGCUCCAACGUUUUUGAUUUCGGCACUUUCCAUUUUGGGAAUAUUUAGUCCCGGUACGAAUGACGGACCAAGAAAUGAGAAGGUCUCGCUUGGUCUUGGAAGUCUACUCGCCAUGACAGUUCUUCUUGGAAUCGUCGCUGGCGCUAUGCCAAAAAGCAACGACAUACCUUUAUUAGGAUAUUAUAUCCUUGUGCGGUCAGUCGGCAUUAUAUUCAAAAAGAACAAAUGCCGUCGAAGCGCCUUCCUUAAUGAAUACCGAAAACGGAGAUCGACGGUGUUUCGCGGAGCUCACCACUAUCGCAGGAUAAUGAGAAUUCAAUCAUCGAAAAUCCCUGAAAUUCGAACAAUUUGCCAAAUGAUAGAGGAAAUUGCCGAAUCGCAUCGAAGUAUGAGAAAAAAGGCCGAACAGAAAGCAAGCAAGAAAUUGAUCGAGUUGGAAUGGGCUCGAGUGUUCGCCCGUUUCGACUAUUUCUUCCUCGUCGUUUUCGAAACUCUUAACCUGUCGGCUCUCGCCGUCUUCCUUCGAGUCGCCUGGCUUCCGACACCCGAACUUCGCGAACAAAUUCUUUAA